GUAGGGCAUGCUAAUAACUUCAAUCCUUGAAUCAGGUAGCUUCCAAAAAACUUAUUAUACACUCUUACAAAUUUAGAGUGUCGUCGGUUGAAUCAUAAAAUGGGUGGCUUUUUGGAGAAACCUGAGACCAGUAAACAAGUAAAUGAGGAUAGUGGAAAUGGACUUCGCUAUUGCGUGAGUUCCAUGCAAGGCUGGCGACUAGAAAUGGAAGACGCCCACGCGGCUGUUUGCAGGCUAAAGGAACCUUUUGGGGAAUGGUCGUAUUUUGGUGUUUUCGAUGGUCAUGCUGGCAAUCGAAUAGCACUGCAUUGUGCCGAGCACCUAAUGGACUCUAUAGUGCAAACCGAGGAUUUUUCCAUGUUACGAUUUGAGGCUGGGAUAAAAGAAGGUUUUCUGCAGCUGGAUGAGGACAUGAGGAAGUUGUUUCAGGACAAGCCCGGUGGAUCGACGGCCAUCUGUGUUUUUGUGUCGCCAGAGAAGAUCUAUUUGGCCAACUGCGGCGAUUCGCGGGCUGUAGUGGUGCGAAAUGGACAGGCUGUGAUCAGCACCACUGAUCAUAAGCCGUAUUAUCCGAAGGAGAUGGAACGCAUUCAAAAUGCCGGUGGACACGUAAUGGUAAAACGGGUGAACGGCACCUUGGCAGUUUCACGUGCCUUGGGGGACUUUGAUUUUAAAAACGAUAAUUCUAAGUCGCCUGUCGAUCAGUUGGUGUCGCCAGAGCCAGACAUUACAGUUUGCCAGCGUAGCGAGAGUGAUGAAUUCAUAAUAGUUGCCUGCGAUGGCAUUUGGGACGUGAUGGACAGCUCGGAAGUGUGUGAGUUCAUUGCCUCGCGUCUUUUCGUGACCGACGACCUGCCGAUGAUUGUCAACAGCGUUCUGGACAUUUGCCUGCACAAAGGCAGCAGGGAUAACAUGACACUGCUCCUUUUACUUUUGCCGGGUGCUCCGACAAUCAGCAAGGAUGCCGUUAAGGCCGAAAUAAAUCUUGACAAGACCAUUGCUAGACUAACGAGACAGGUCAUUGAAAAGCACGAAGUAACCGACUUCGAAGUUCUUAUUCGUCUUAUGCAAAGAAUGGCCGCGAAUAUACCAAAUCUACCCCCAGGCGGUGGUAUUUAUGCCAAAUAUAAUAUUAUUGAGGAAGUUUUUCAUGAGAAAUUUCCGGAUGCACCAUCUGAAACCUUCGAUUACUUUAAUAUGUAAAACAUGUGUUUUCUUUAUAAAAGGCAAAUAAAGAAAAAUGCUAAAUUGCAAAACGUGA